AUGUUCUACUAUCUCAUUCUCUUUAUUUUAUUCGAGUGGAAGUUUGGUUUAUUACGUGCAGUGCUCAUUACGAUUCAGCACACAGUGGAACGCUACACCGCUCCAAAGAUUGUGGUACCACUUCCACAGAUAAAGUUUGAUUUUAAACCCGCAAAUGAAACUCUAAGUCCACAUUCAGGACCUGCAGGUACCAUUCAAUGUUAUGAUAAGGGAAUAAACGCCCCUAUUGGUCUUGUAAAUGUUACAACUCCUGAAGAUGUUCGUGCAACUGUUGCUCGUGCACGAGUAGCACAGAAAACAUGGGCAAAAACAUCUUUUUCACUGAGACGAAAAUUACUUUUCAGUCUUAUGGAUUACAUAUUAGAGCAUCAAUCAUUUAUUUGUAAAACUGCAUGUGUGGAAUGUGGAAAGACUAUGAUGGAUGGAUCAUUGGGUGAAAUGCUCACAACACUGGAAAAACUUCGCUGGACAGCUUCUCAAGGAGAAGAUUUAUUGGCAGAAGAAGUACGUGAUGUGGGUCUCAUGACAAUUCAUAAACGGGCUUCUGUAAAAUAUGUUCCUUUUGGUGUAAUUGGUGCUAUUGUAUCAUGGAAUUAUCCAUUUCAUAAUAUUUAUGGUCCAAUGAUAUCAGCUCUUUUUGCAGGUAAUGCCUUUGUAGGUAAAGUUUCUGAAUAUUCUUCUUUCUAUGCCUCUUAUUAUCAAUCAAUAGUCCGAGAAGGAUUAAAACAACUCGGACAAUCUCAAGAUCUUGUUACUUUUGUUACUGGUUUUGCAGAAACAGGAGAAGCUCUUGUAAGUUCAGUGGAUAAGUUAACUUUUAUUGGAUCUCCUGGUGUUGGUAAAAUUAUUAUGCGCAACGCUGCUGCAACUCUUACUCCAGUUGUAUUGGAACUUGGUGGAAAAGAUCCUGCCGUAAUAUGUGAUGAUGCCGAUUUGGAGCAAGUAGUACCAAUUGUUAUGCGUGGAACUUAUCAAAAUUGUGGACAGAAUUGUGUUGGUUUGGAAAGAGUUCUGGUUCAAGAAUCUAUUCAUGAUCAUAUUGUAGAAAAAUUAAAAAGCUUGGUAUGUAAUUUAACGCAAGGUCCAGCAUCUCAAGGUUUAUAUGAUAUGGGAGCUAUGACAAUGGGAGAAGCAUCUGCUAAAAAGAUUCAAAGUAUUAUUGAUGAAUCUGUUCGUGCUGGUGCUACUCUUGUUUGUGGUGGAAAAGUAAAUCAUAACUUUUUUCCUCCUACAAUUCUUAUUAACGUUACUCCAACAAUGCCAAUUGCCAAGGAAGAAGUAUUUGGUCCUGUACUUAUUGUAAUGAAGUUUAAAACUGACGAAGAGGCGGUGGAUAUGGUAAAUGCUUGUGAUUAUGGUCUUGGAUCCAGUGUUUUCUCUAGGGAUAUCACACGAGCCAGACGAAUUGCAGAUCAACUAAAGACAGGUAUGACAAAUAUAAAUGACUUUGGUAUUAACUAUCUUUGUCAAUCUUUACCAUUUGGUGGUGUAAAAAUAAGUGGAUUUGAUCGCUUUGCAGGAAGAGAAGGUUUACGUGGGAAUUGUGUCGCACGCGCCUCGACGGUGGAUCGCAUUCCCGGUGUUAAAACAACCAUACCACCUGUUCUGCAGUAUCCAAUUACAGAAGCGGCAUUCUCUUUUAUGGAGUGUCUGUCAGUAGUUAUUUAUGGACGGCUGCUGCCGGCAAUGACCAGUGUAAUGAAACUUAUCUCUAUUCUCUCAGCAUUCUCAGCGUCAGAAACAAAAGGAAAGAAAGAAAGGAAGGCAAAAUAA